AUGCCCAUACUUCCAGACGAUAAAUGCGACGACGCCUGUGUCAUGCCAGGUCAUCAGAAUCGCUCUUUGAGUUCUGCAUCAUUCUCGACACUCGCCUUCUCUUCAGUCCCCUUAAUCCUCACAUUUCUUGUUGUUAGUCUCGUCGUUCUACAAAAGCUUUUUCCCUUGCUAGCUGGUCUACAACAGUCUAAGGAAGAUCAUCUUCACUACCUUCCUAGCGAUGCCCCACCCAGUUUGCGACAAUCGCAUAAAGAACAUGGCCAAAAGACUGCGAGGAGAAAAGCUAUCGCUAUCUCAUUUUCUACUACGAUUGCAUUGGCGACAGUUCUUGCAGAAUUGAUCCUUUGCGAAAUCUCGAAUUAUCUAAAUCCUGCGGCGAGGGCGUUUGCGCUCAAGAUAACUGUUCCUACACUUUUAUUUCUACUCGUUGUUCUUAUACCAUUUCUCGAAUUGCAAUCGAUUAUUACUGGGUUUGGAUGGAAAUUUAGGGCAUCGAAAAAAGACGGAUUUUCCAUAACCUCCUGGCUUCUUCAAGCUGUUGGUUUUACAAUGUGGUUAAUGGGAUUUUGGUGGCUGGGGAAAGGGAUACCGGGAACAUAUAUCCAUACAAUGGCAUCUGUACCCGGUAAAAGCCUUGCUGAGGCUUGCUUGGAUAGAGUUGGCAUCAUUGGUAUCUCUUUAAUGGCACUUCUUUCUGGUUUUGCAGCUGUCUCUGCCCCUUGGCAAACAUUUGGCGCAAAGGAGAAACCUGUUUCGGAAGCCGAUAUUGCGCGGAAACAAGCUGGCCUAGACGCUACGAAUGAUAUGCUUGCUACAAAACAAAGUCGAUUACGAGCUCUUCGGCGCAAAGUUGAUGAUCAACCAGCUGAAGGAUUUAUGACAAAGGUUAUUGGAAGUAUACGGGGGAACGCUGAUGUACAAGAGUUGAAGUCUCUGGAGCUGGAAACAUCUGGACUUUCAUCUAUGGCUCGAGGUCUUUCGGCCUCGCUAUCAAUUUUGCAAAACCGUUAUACAUCAAAACAACGCUCCUCUUCACCACUCGGUAAAUUCAUCCUCACCCCUAUCUCUUAUGUCUUUUCGGUAUACUGUAUAUAUCGCAUUGGAACAACUACUCUGGCCGUACUUAGGCGUCUUGUUUUACCAACCGAUCCUGCAUCCUUCAGUUCCUCGACCACAGAUCCGGUUAAUCGUAUUCUUUCUCUAUUUGCCAAGCACGUGAAUCCAACUUUCGAUCAGUUGGCAUGGUCUCGCCAAAUAUCCUUUUUCUUAUCAGCCAUAAUCCUCUUCGCUUCUUUCAACUCUGUACUUCAGACCUUCCAUAUGCUCACUAAAAUCUCUCCCUCGCUCGUCUACCAGGCUCAAGCCAAUUUGGCACUCAUCAUUGCCCAAAUCAGCGCAAUGUAUGUGAUAUCUAGCGCAUUACUUCUGAGAAGUAACCUUCCAUCGGAGAUGAAAAGCGUGGUAAGCGAUGCGCUGGGUAGUCCAUUGGAGCCAGGAUUUGUGGACACGUGGUUUGAGGGAUGGUUUCUAGUUGCUAGUAUUGGAACUGCUGUGGGGAUCUUCGUAGGCAGGAAGAUUGUCGGUUUUGGUUCAGAUUGGGAUGAUGAGUAUGAAGGUGAUUUGGAGUUGGGACAAAAACAAUCAUGA